UUACCGUUUUUUUUUUUAUAUAUUUUACUUACUAAAUUAUUUUGUUCUUUAUAUAGAAUACAUUAUUAUAUGUACACUGUACACGUAAUUUAACUAACAGUGAGUUAUAUAAUACACGUCUUGUGCACUCUGUCACACUUACAUUUCUUAACCGUUACAUCCACAAAAGGUGUACCUAUUUAAUUUUUUGUAGAAUAUUUUAAGCCAAAAUGUCAUCCCAAAGAUCAGAAAAUUCGUCGAUUAACAUUAAUGACGAAAGUUCAAUGGAAAACGAAACUGUGGAAAAUAUGAUCAAAGUGGAUACUGAGCCAGCAAUUAUUUUGAAAAAAGAUCCGAUUAUAGAAUAUCUUAAAGAAAAUGUAAAAACUGUGUUCAUACCGAAAUAUUUACAUGAACAUUUUCAAUGUGCCGUAGACACACACGUUUUUAUAAACAACCCGUGGAAGAAAAUAUCUCGUAAAAAGAUUAUCGAAAAUUUACAAAUACAAAAAACGAACUCGUGUUUUUGGGAAUUUCGAACUCGAAUUGAAGCGCUUACAAGUGAUGAUGUUUUAAUUGGAUAUAAAUCUUCCAGUAAUACAGACGAAGAAUUUUUAUUAUGCAUCACAGACAAAGCUAAACAGUAUGUCGAAGAAGCACAAAUACGAGAACAAAAAGAACUUGAACAUCAAGUUGAGAGGUCUAUGUAUCGUAAAAUAGGUACUUGGGAUUCUAAAGGCAGUGAACAAGAUAUUGAAGAUGUAAAAACAGUUUCGACGCGUGAAAAGAUAAAAUAUAAAUGGGUAGUUCCAAAAAGAAGAAUUCGAGCUAAAGCAGAAUUUGAAAAUACAAAUGCAAAAUCCAUAAGAAAUCAAUAUGUUAAAUUAAAACCACAACCAAAAGAAAUAUUUGAAACGAGUGAUAUGUUAAUAAUGGAGUCAAAUAUACAAGCCAAAAGCAAAACGGUCAAUCGGGAAAUGCAAACAAUAUUAAAACUUCAAAAUAAUAAAUGUAUUCAGUCGACCAUUGAAGAAGAACUAAUUAAUCAAUCGCAACCUAAAAUUAAAUCAGCAAAAGUGCUCGAUGAUUUUUUACUAAAAAAUACUCCUGAUGUAAUUACUCAGUUACAAUAUAAUGAGCUGUACGAUAUAUACCGUGACGAUUACAAGUUGUUGAAAAAAAAAAGUAAAAUUGAAGUUAAUCAUAUUGACGAGCAAAUAAAAAUUCAUCCUGGACAUCAGAAUGAGAUAUCCCAAAAAAAAUACGUAUCUUGUCAAACUUGGCAUCCUACAAUAGUAGGUAUUUUCGCUGUUUCUUACAUGGCUAAUAGCAAUGAAUUGUUAGAACCCGUAAGCUUAAAUAAAGCAGAUGAAGAAAAUACUGCGUCAAAUUUCAAAUUAAAAAACCAACAUUUCAGUAUAUCAUACAGCGAAGAUGAGGAUGACCAAGAUAAUUGGAAUAAACAGCCAAAAGUUAAAAUUUUGGAUGAAAAUUAUGACGAAAAGCUUAUGUCUUUUUUGAACAAAGAAUUUGUGCAGAAAAUGAGAAUUCUUCAAAUAGCCGAGGAAGAAAAAUUGAGCCAAGGACUUACAGAUGACAUUAAUAAACGUUUGCGCAAUGCGUUAAUUUAUGAUUCUAAAGAACAAUUUUCCGCAUACAAUGAGUUCGUCGGCGAAGAACAUAGUAAUGAAGACGACGUAAUAAGCAAUCAAACUGAUCAUUCAGUAAGCUAUGGGAAAAUGACGGCUACUAAGGAUCCAAGUGAUAUUGACGAAGUGGUGCAUCACCACGAUUCCGAUACUGAAAGCUUUUAUAAUAUUUGGGGCGAAGAAGAUGAAUGGUUGUAUAGUACCGAACUGAGGAACGUUGUUAGAAAUUUACAUAGGGGAUUUAACAAGAAAUAUAACCGAGAAGCUAAAGAAGAAAAAUUGUUUGAACUCCUGAUGUCUGAAACUGAGAAAGAAAAGAAAAAUGAAGAAACUAAAAAAAAUAAAAUGAAGUUGACCAAGGAAAUGUUCGAAGCUGGGGAUAUAUGUAAACAAUUUAAAUGUAAUAAAAAAACUAAAACUAAAUUGAUUAAACAAUAUGCAUUGCUACAAAAUGACCAAGAAUCUAUGAUUAAACGAGAAAGUACGCCAUUAAUAGAUGAACAAAAUAACGCGGUCAUCGUUUGGUCAAUUAGUGAUAAUGUAUUCCCAAAGUUAAGAUUGGACAGUCCCGAAGAAGUACGAUGUGUUGAAUUUAAUCCUAGAAAUGGGAACACCGUCGUAGGAGGACUGACAAAUGGACAAAUUUGCAUAUGGGAUAUCGAAGGAAAAUUGGAGACAAUAGGUUCAGAUUUGAGCAUGUCUGAAAAAGAAAAACAACAUAAAAAACAUCUGAAUAUGCAUAUGAAUUGGUCGUUAGACGUAAAUUUUAAAACUAGAAUCAGACCCACAGCCUUAAGCGCCAUUAUAGAAUCUCACGAGAGAACAGUGACUGCGAUUCAAUGGAUUCAUCCGAUGACCAAAAUAACUUCAUUGGGCAAAUUCAUAUCUACGGAACAAGGUAAAUUUUCAGAUCAAUUUAUUUCAUCUUCUUUAGACGGUACUAUAAAACUUUGGGACUUGCAACCUAAGUCAAUGCCAACCCAUCAAAAAACUCCAACAAAUUGUCGUUUUGGAUAUCCAAAAAAAUUAUUAUCUAAUAAAUCACCAUUAAGCGUUCUCAACAACCAUCUAAAACCAUCAUAUUCGAUCAAAAUCAGAGAACCCGCAGUAGAACCAUUGAAUAGCACCACGCAUAGCCCCAUAACAGCGUUAUCCUUCGAAAUACCAUCAAUGCAAUACAGAUACAUCUCUGAUAAACCGUUAACGAUCGGCAAACGGCAGUAUGAAUACAUACCGAUAGAGCCCAGCGACAUAAACCGUACUUUAGUCGUUGGUACUGUCAUGGGCGAAGUCGGAGUAGUCACUUGGGAAGGAUAUGAUACGUAUCCACGAGACGGAAGCGUAGAAGAGUGUAAACAUAUAUGGUGGAAACAAAUGCAUGACGGUCCAAUCAAUUGCAUCAAAAGAAAUUUAUUUGUACCAGAUAUCCAUUUAGUCAGUGGCGGGAAAGUAGUGUCAAUUUGGAGUUUGAAAUACAACAAUGGUCCAAUUUGGUGGAAACGUUUCCAUGAUUUUACAAACAGCAUUUUAUGGUCUUCUACUCAUCCCACGAAAUUUCGCGUGUCCUUCAACAAUAGUGGCGUUAUACAAUUUUGGAAUUUUAUGGUGCACACUCAUCAACCGUACUAUACAGCGGAUAUUUUCCUCAAAGAUGGGUUAAUAGCAUCAUUAUCGGCACCGUAUCCGCAAUUUAAUUAUAUUGGCGCAGAUAGUGUAAUGUAUGCUAAAGGUAUAAACAAUAUGGUGAACUAUAAGAAAAACAGGAUAAUUUGUUUCUCGGAUUCCGCCGGAACAGUAAUGAUAAUGACCAUACGUGCAACAUUAUUGACACCAGAUGAAAUCUUGGAAACUGGAAACCUAUUCCAGGAAGAAUGUGAUUGGUUAAAAGGUUUAGAUGCUUGGAACGAAAGGUAUAAAAAAGAAUUCGGAGUCUUGGGAGAAAAUGACGUGGACGAUCAUGAUUACAAGUCGAUUCAAUCCUACGAUCAAUCGCAUGUGGCUGAAAGCGAACACAUCCAACCAGUAUUAUCACGAGAUCAAAUACAGAAAGCAAUUUGUGAAGAAACAUUCAAUUGGUAUAUAAAUCGGAGAGGACCACAAACACGUUUGGGUAAAAUGAAAGACGAGUUUUUACAACGAGAAAAGCAAUACAUGGUCGAGACCAUGAUGAAAAAAAAGAAUGUCAGCCAGCAACAAAUUGAUGAAUAUUAUUAUAAAAUUAUGAAUAAAGGUGGAAAUAAAACUGAGGAGAUUUCAAUAAUAAGAUCCGAAGCCGAUAAAAAGUAUAGGGACAUUAUAAAUAAAUUAUUGGUUUCAGAUCAUACAGAAGAAUAUAAAUUCGAUGCCGGCUUAAAAAGAAAUACCGAACCGGAAGACUCAAACUUAAUAUUUAUAGAGCUUCAAAAAAUAUCAAUGUUAAACAUUAAAAAAGAAAAAGAAAAAUGUAUUAAUCAUAUAAAUAAUAAUCAUUAUAGAUCCGAGAAAGUAAACUGGGCUAAAGUAUUCGAUUUUGUGGAAAAAGAAGACAAAAAUAUAUUAAAUGAUCCAAAUACCUUUAAAACAAACUUUCGUUCGAUUCGCCAAAAAAUGUUGGAGCGAUACAAAAAUGAAAACAUGAAGCAAUGAUGAAAAAUUAAUAUCAACGAGUACAAGAUGGAAUCUGUUUUGGGCUGAAAUGUUAACACGUUUUGACUUAUUUUUACGUGGUUAAUAUAAUUUGGAAAAAACAACACAUUUCCAUAACUGUUUAAACCUGUAAAACAUUCUAAUAAUUUUUAUGAAUUUACCACAAUUUUUAUAGUAUCAUAAGAAUAGAUGUAUAAUUCAAUUUUUGAAUAAAUUACUAAUAACACA